AUGGAUUUGACAUCAGACCUUCUCCCUCUAGGGCAAGAGGUGACUCUGAAUUACCGGCAGGCAAUGAACUGGCUCUGUCAUCUAACACUCACGCACACCCGAAGCCGGGACCAAUCAUGUCCAUUAUCAAAUGUGGGCAAGCUCAUCGACAGCUUCGACGCCCUGAAGGACUCGUUAUCCCCGCAUCUAAGAGAUCGACAGCGGUGCUCCUCCAUACAAGAUAUUCAAGAGCACUAUAGCCUAGAACUGCAUCGGCAUUUUACUCUAUCCACCCUAUGCCGCCCGGUUCUCUCCCGGCAGGUCAGGCAAAGCCUAGGUACAGAUGAUUCCGCAAUCUGGUUAAGCAGGUUCCAAAGUGCGCUCAAGAAGAGUGUAUUCGCAUUCGUUCGUCUCCGGUCCCUAAGUAACCUUGCCACCCGGUCAUGGGCUUUUGUACACAAUGGGCUCUCUUCUGCGCUCUUGCUAGCCUUUACGAGGCACCUUGACAAUUCCGAGGCGUUUGGAGAGAUACAGGCCCAGCUAGUCAAGAGCUUGUCCGAGGGGGACGAAGACGCCGGUCGAUUUUCCGCAGCACAUAGAAAGGCUCUAAAAGCUCUGAAAGUAUUGCAAGAGACCAGAACGGGAGAACUAACCCCUACAGGUCAAGGAGGAGAAGUACAUUCUCCAAAUCACGCAGGGGAUGAUGUAAUAUUCCAGGAGAGCAUGUUUGACCUUCAAGAUUCCAGGUCAGUUUAA